CUCUCUGUUUCCCCUUCAACUAUAGUCACCAUGUCUGGGAUCCAGCAGGCCAUGUCUCUCCUCAUCGCCUCCUUCCACAAGUACUCUGGGAAGGAGGGGGACAAGUUCACCCUCAGCAAGAUCGAGCUGAAAGAGCUGCUCGAGGCUGAACUAGGGGAGAUGCUGGGGGUGAGUGAGACUGAGCAAGUCCUAAUGAUCUGGGAUCAGAUUUCUUGUUGCACUACAGCAGGUGUGUCAAGCUGAAUUCCUGGAGGGCCGUCCCACUGGGCACAGACGUCAGUUCAACGUCUAGUUUUGAUUUACAUUUGGUUGAGUUGUCAACUAAUGUGAAUUCAGCGUGAAAUCAACAAAAAUUGUACCAUGUCAUUGGAUUUAGGUUCAAAGUUGGGUGAAAAAAAUAUGAAAUUCCCUUAUGUUGCUAACUUUUUUUUUAUCCAAUCAGUUUUCCACGUUGAUUCAACAUCAUCACAUUUAAUUUUGGGGUUGAAAUGACAUGGACACAACGUUGACUCAACCAGUUUUUGCCCAGUGGGGUGUGUCUGCUGAUUUUUGUUAUUUCCUUUCAAUUUGUGUCCAGUGAAGACCUAGACAACUAGGUGAGGCCCUCCAGCAAUUGAGUUUGAAACCCCUGCACUAGAGGCUGGAUCAGUGCUCUCUCUUCUGAGAUUCAUUGGGCUGGGCAGAAUAGGAAAGCUGGAAAGAUGGGGUCCGUUUCUGAAUACAUCUCAAAUAAACAAUGCUUGCUAACUCCAGCAAUGGCAUCCCGAAAUAUUGAAACGGACCCCAUCGGAUAGAGAAAUUAUUAACCUCCCCCUUCUUUCUUCUGCAUUCUCUCUGUUUGCAGAAAGCCAGUGACAAGUCAGCAGUGGACAGAAUCUUCAAGGACCUGGACUCUAACAAAGACAACACUGUUGACUUCAAGGAGUAUGUCACCCUGGUGUCCUGCCUCACGGUGAUGUGCAAUGACUUCUUCAUAAAGAAGUAGAGCACUUACGCCACCUAGCGGCCAUCAUACAGAACUGCAUGAAGAGACUUAGUAAUGUCCUUGUAAUGCAAAGUCCAUCGAUAAACAAAUUAGAUGAGUAUGUUCAGCCUGCCCUGGUCUGGUGUAAUUUUUGUGUGCUGCUGUCACUUCUUCAUAUUACAUGUUUCUUACUCAGGUUUUUCUGACUGAGGUUUUGUUUAAAGUUGUGAUUAUGAUUCCUCAAGAACUCAAUAGAUUAGAUCAUUGAUUUAAUGAAUUGUUCCUUCUCCCAAAAACAACCAAAAGUUGAGCAAUUAUGUCUUGAUUGGAUUGAAGUGAACUACUACCAAACGUGUGCCAGGAAAACAAUUCCCCACACCAUUACACCACCACCACCAGCCUGUACCGUUGACA